AUGGAGAAUACCACGCUUCCGAGGCGGUCGCGUAGUUGCAUGCGCCGUAUCGGCCCGUGUUUGGUAUGCCCAAGAAGAAAGACUUCGACAAGGCCAUCGCCGAGUACCAACGACGACUCGGACUUGACGAGAUCGACAUCAAGGUUGUCGUCGCGCAAAAAGUUCGGGUGUCAGACUGGUUGCGAAGCCGGUUGGAAGUGCGCAGCGUCAAAAUUCACACCGUCUACAACGGCGACCUCUGUGAUGUGUUCAUCACCAAGUUUAUCACGGGAACUCAUCAAAGUGCCGUGGGCGAAAUUGCACGGCAAUUGGACCGUUGAGGUUUCCGACAGCAACUCGUGA